AUGGUGGCACAGCGAUCGCCAUCCCAGGCGCGCUCGCCCACGCCGUGCCACGACUUCCGGCAGAUGCCGCGCACACCUGCGGUGGGCCACCGGGAGGUCCGUAUGGAGCCGUGCACCCCGGCCCUGGUGCACCGAGAGGUGCGGCGUGAGACGCCGGCAACUCCUGCCACAAUGUCGCGGGAGGUACGGACCUUCAAAGAGAUGCCCACACCUGGGCAGAACUACCGAGAGGUGCGGAUCUUUACGCCGGUGGUGCCGCACCGAGCGGUGCGCACCACGCCGGUGUCCACACCCUCGACGGUAUACCGAACGGUGCGGCAGGUGCGACCAUCGGCUCCGCCGCAGGCGACCACCUCACCUUCCGUGCAGUACCGCGCAGUGAGGUCCGGCUAUCCGGCGCUGUGCUCCUCGUACCCGUCACAGAUGCCCCACGUCGGAGGCGGCUCGCCCCCGCAUCCUGCGGCCAGCGCCACGGGCCUCGUGGCAACAAGGACCAUCGAGCCGAGCGCAGCCACAGGACAAGUCGUCUGGGCUGACCAAAGGAUGCCCAAAGACGCAGGACAUGCUUCGGUGGAGCGGAUCCGAAGUGCGGUGGACUUCUUGCCCCACACGCCUCCCAAUGCUCUGCUGGACUGGCUCAAGUACCUGGUCUCAGGGCACAUGGAGCCGGGAGAGCCGCCCCCGGACGGCGGCAAGUACUGGGACAAGCGUAGGGUGCAAACCUCCUUGAGAAGACUAUUAGAGUCUUUGCAGGAGUGGGCAGAGCAGCGGCAGAAGGACGGCUUCAAUGGCGCCGCUUUGGCCCGCGAGGUGCUGCGGGGCAUUCGCCAGGUGGCGCCAGGGCAGAGCAGGAGUUUCAAGGAGGACGCCGUCCGGAUGACGGAGCAGGAGUUCAUCAAUGGCAUCCAGGUCUUAGGCGUGUGGCCGCCGGAGCUUACCGCGAAUGACCGGAAAGAGGUCUUCGCAGCUCUCCUAGUUCCCUCACAGCACUCGGUGCGACUUCUCAAAGAAGGCUGCAUGGAGCUGCCGUCGGCGCUGACCUGCCGUUUGCUGGCUGAGGGCUUGAGCACUGUACCAUAUGUCUUGCCAGACUUCCCAGUACCUGUUCACCUGCUGGAGGCGAGUGUCUUGAAGCCGGCCCAAAUCGCGAAGGACAUCUCGGCACGCUUCAGCAGCAACAGCGGCGUUGACCGCAUCAAGGACUUCUACAUCAGCGGCCUGGUCUCCAUGGAGGAGCUGCAGAUUGCGUUGCCGUAUUUGGUGCAGAUCAGAAGGCUUGAAGAGGCUGUGGAGCUGAUCCUCCGUUCUUCCCGGAUGUUCAGCCCCCACGAGUGGCAGAAGUAUGUGUACAGCAUUCGCGGAGAGGACCAGGCGAAAGAAGAGCCGGAGGCCUGCGCAAGCCGGUGGUCUCCUUGCACCAGGCGGAGAGGAGGAGGCGAAACCGGAGAGUUGCAGCGCCACCCAGAAGUUCAUGCAGGAGGGUUUGCGCACAGUCGUCGACUGGAGCACGACCAAAGCCAAGCGCCGCAGCCACCAGGCUGA